GCGACCAGGAGGAGAGGCGCGACAAGCAAGAGAGGCGCGACAAGCAAGAGAGGCGCGACAAGAGUGCGUGAGGUACGAGGUGGCGGCAGAGGGCCGCAAGAGGACGCGGGACAGCGGACACAGCGGCCACUGCCCUUACCAUAACUCCGCCGUAAUAUGCAGCGUAUCACCACAACCUCAUCCCCCAAAUACUAUUCGAGCGGAGUUGUGUGAGGGGAGGCGAGGAUGAUGGGCGUCCGGGGCAAGGUGUCGGCGGAGUGGAAGAAGAGAGUCAAGUCCGAGUACACGAGGCUCAGGUCCCUCAAGAGGUUCAAGCGGGCCGACGAGAUCAAGGCGGCGUGGAACGAUAACAGAGCCAAGCUGACUGACCUUCUAGAUCAAGAAGAUCAGACUGUAAUAGGGAUGGGUCCAGUUUGGGUGUGCUCGGUUGAAGCUCCGCCACACCAGGCAGUCAUGAGGCGUACACAUGUCACGUCUUCCUGUGGUGAGCCCCUUGCUGUCCCUAUCAAGACUAUUAAUGCUGUAAACCCAAUCCCAACAAUGUACACUUGGGCACCCCUGCAACAAAACUUUAUGGUAGAAGAUGAAACUGUUCUUCACAAUAUUCCAUACAUGGGUGAUGAAGUCCUUGAUCAAGACGGAAAAUUUAUUGAGGAACUCAUCCGGAACUACGAUGGAAAAGUUCAUGGUGACCGAGAAACUGGUUUCAUUGAUGAUGAAAUAUUUGUUGAGCUUGUGGAGACUCUGGUGCAACAGUAUCAGAAAAAGGAAACUUUAAAGAACAAGACUGACCAGAAGGUAAAUGGGAGUAAAGAUGUGAAGACUAAAGAUAAAGAUGAAGAGGAGGAGGAGGAGGAUGUUGAAGAAGAGGAAGAGGAGGAACAAGAUGAGGAAGAGGAUAGUAAUACACACAAUAAAGAGGAUGAGGGUUGGGAGGGAUCAAAUUCGUCUGGAACAAAGGGUUUCCCAUGUGCUGCCAUAUUCCAAGCUGUGUCAGCUCUUUUCCCUGAUAAGGGCUCAGCCGAGGAAUUAAAGGAGAAAUACAUAGAACUGACUGACCCUACAGCUCUUCCACCUGAAUGCACUCCCAAUAUUGAUGGUCCCAAUGCAGAGAGUGUUCCACAGGAACAGACAAUGCACUCCUUCCACACACUUUUCUGUAGACGCUGCUUCAAAUAUGAUUGUUUUCUGCACCCCACCAAGGGAAGCACAGACGCCCCAGGCUUGGCAACAUCUCAUCCUCGGCCACAUGGGGGAAAAAGAAAAAGUCCAGAAUUACGAGCUUUAUCUGAGCCAUGUUCUCCAUUCUGCUAUUUACAUCUGCCCGAUGCCAAAGAAAAGAUGGUCGCGACAGCAUCAUCUUGUUCCUCUGAUAAAUUGAGAGAUGACAAUGAAUCAUCAAAUGAUGCCAAACCUCGAAAGAUCCGAAAACACGCAUCUGUAGAUUCUGGAAAUGAAGCGAGCUCAGAAGACAGUAAUGAUAGCAUGAGGAUGAGUGGCCGGAAAUCAGACAAGAUCAGUACUGGAUGUAUCGAGUUUGAGUGCAAAGCAUCAAUGUUGUCGGUACACAGCAAUGGAAGCCUGGGCAGCGUACACCAUAAACGGAUGGUUGGCUCAGACUUGGAUGUUGUCCGCACAAACAAUAAAUAUGUGUACACGAAACCCAUCACCCUCGACAGUCUGACAGUCAGAUUAACGGAUGCAACAGAUCCCUGCAAUCUGGGAACGUGGCUGGGCUCUGAGGCUUCGAUGUUUCGUGUUUUACACAAGGUCUUCUUCAAUAAUUAUUGUGCCAUUUCUCAAGCCAUCCUAACAAAAACUUGUCAACAGGUAUACUACUUUGCACAAAAGGAAGCAACUGAUUUACCAGCAGAUGCCAGCGUUAAGGACAAUACUCCUCCCCGAAAAAAGAAAAAGAAGCAUCGCCUCUGGUCUAUGCACUGUAGAAAGAUUCAGCUGAAGAAAGACACAUCAAGCAACCAUGUGUACAACUACUCUCCUUGCGACCAUCCCAACCAGCCCUGUGACCAGAACUGUGCUUGUGUCAUGACACAGAACUUCUGUGAAAAAUUUUGCAACUGCAGUCCUGACUGUCAAAACCGCUUUCCUGGGUGCCGGUGUAAGGCAUCUUGUAACACGAAGCAGUGCCCCUGUUUCUUGGCAGUGCGGGAGUGUGAUCCUGAUCUCUGUGUGACAUGUGGCGCUCAUGAAUUUUCAAUAAAUAAAAUCACCUGCAAAAAUGUGUCUGUUCAGCGAGGAUUACAUAAACACCUUCUCAUGGCACCAUCAGAUGUGGCUGGCUGGGGUAUAUACUUAAAGGAUUCGGCCCAAAAAAAUGAAUUCAUCUCUGAAUACUGUGGAGAAAUUAUCUCCCAGGAUGAGGCUGAUCGUCGUGGGAAAGUCUAUGACAAAUACAUGUGUUCAUUCCUCUUUAAUCUUAAUAAUGACUUUGUGGUUGAUGCAACACGUAAGGGAAAUAAGAUCCGGUUUGCUAAUCACUCUAUAAAUCCCAACUGUUAUGCCAAAGUCAUGAUGGUGAAUGGUGAUCAUCGCAUUGGCAUCUUUGCCAAAAGGCAUAUCCAGUCGGGCGAGGAACUCUUCUUUGACUACAGAUAUGGACCAACGGAACAACUCAAGUUUGUCGGCAUUGAAAGGGAAAUGGAAUUUCUGUAAAAAAAAAAUAUUUGUCAGAAUUAUAUAUCUUUGAAAAUAAUUUGUUUACCGAGUACCAGCUUCCAUUUUUUAAUUGAAGCUUUAACCAAUUCUUAAGUAACAUUACUAGUAUGAGUGGCCGAGUGCACCACACUGGAUCUUGUAUAAGAUCUUUAUCUUUUACUCAAAUUUUUUGUGGUGGAACUUCCACAAUAGUUAAGAUUUUAUAUUUUAUUUAUUUAUAUUUUAUAUUCUUUUUGUUAAUUUUAACACUGCCACUGAUAGUGUCAUGGAGGGGAAACACUGCCACUGAUAGUGUCAUGGAGGGGAAACACUGCCACUGAUAGUGUCAUGGAGGGGAAACACUGCCACUGAUAGUGUCAUGGAGGGGAAACACUGCCACUGAUAGUGUCAUGGAGGGGAAACACUGCCACUGAUAGUGUCAUGGAGGGGAAACACUGCCACUGAUAGUGUCAUGGAGGGGAAACACUGCCACUGAUAGUGUCAUGGAGGGGAAACACUGCCACUGAUAGUGUCAUGGAGGGGAAACACUGCCACUGAUAGUGUCAUGGAGGGGAAACACUGCCACUGAUAGUGUCAUGGAGGGGAAACACUGCCACUGAUAGUGUCAUGGAGGGGAAACACUGCCACUGAUAGUGUCAUGGAGGGGAAACACUGCCACUGAUAGUGUCAUGGAGGGGAAACACUGCCACUGAUAGUGUCAUGGAGGGGAAACACUGCCACUGAUAGUGUCAUGGAGGGGAAACACUGCCACUGAUAGUGUCAUGGAGGGAAACACUGCCACUGAUAGUGUCAUGGAGGGGAAACACUGCCACUGAUAGUGUCAUGGAGGGGAAACACUGCCACUGAUAGUGUCAUGGAGGGGAAACACUGCCACUGAUAGUGUCAUGGAGAGAAACUGCCACUGAUGGAGUGUCAUGGAGGAAAACACUGCCAAAAGUUUGUCCAGUGUCACAUUUACUUUAAAACACCAUUUGGUGGUCGGUCACAUUUACUCAACUUAUACAUUUUACAGUCAAAUUUACUAUGUAUUUUACUUUUCUUUUUGUCUCCAUGUAAAUUCAAUCUUCAGUUUUUCUCUUCAUUUUUGUUGUCGAGGGGAAACAAAUAAUGUCUGUCUUGUGUGCAGUCCAGUUGAGAAUGUACAGUUCCUCCACUUUGUUUCAAACACUCCUUUGAAAGUUGCUGAAUUGCUGUAUAUGAAAUAUAUUCUGCAUGAGGCCACCCUUUCAAUGAUAGUGUUCUCAAAGGUAGCAAUUCAUUUGGAAUGUAGAAUAACAUGAUUUUUGACAAAGAAGCCUUUGGCAUAACUUUUGUCUGACAACAUACUGUACCUUGCGGUUACCUUGCAAUGAUUUCAGGGCUCAAUGUCCCCGCGACCCUGUCCUCGACCAGGCCUCCUCGUUGCUGGACUGGUCAACCAGGCUGUUGGAUGCGACUGCUCGCAGCCUGACAUAUGAAUCGCAGCCUAGUUGAUCAGGUUUAAAUCAGUAUGUAUUAAAUUCCAAUUCCAUGGAACACAAGUCAUUGCAGAUCCAUCUUCUAAGACUAGCAUUGAUGCAUCUAUUGAUUAUUCAAGAUGAUCAGUCGCCUAAAUUCCACCAGAAGAACAUUUUACUAUAGUUGGAGUAAACUUAUUAGUGCAUAAUACUGACAUGUGUUAGGGAAAAAGAGUUUUGAUAUCCUCAAAUGUAAGGAAUGAAGCUUUGUCAAAAAAUAAUGUUUUAUUCUAACUACCUGACAAAACCUUAUGGGAAAAAUUGUUGGAUAUAUAUAUAUAUAUAUAUCUGUUGAAGGAGCCAUUUUGUAAUGUAUGUCACCAAACACCUUUUCAGUUGACUUAUUUGUAAAAAUAUAUAUCUAUUCUAAAUCUGAAAUGUAGAUGCUGAUUUAGUGUUUCUGGUCAUUGUAUUAUGAUGGAAAAUGCAAGAUUUACCAAUAAAGUUGUUAUUUAAGACUAA